CUGGAGGACAGCCUGAUUGCCUUCAGGACGCGCUCCAAGCGGCCGCUGAAGGACGUGCCCCUGGGGCAGCUGGAGGCCGAGCUGCGCGCGCCCGACAUCACCCCCGACAUGUACGAGCCCAGCACGGGCGACGACGAGGAGUGGGAGAGGUGGCUCAGGGGGCUCAUGAACGACGACGUGGAGAACGAAGAUGAAGCUGAUGAUGAUGAUGACCCCGAGUACAAUUUCCUGGAAGAUCUGGAUGAACCAGACACAGAGGAUUUCAGGAAUGACCGUGCUGUGAGAAUCACCAAAAAGGAGGUGAACGAGCUGAUGGAGGAGCUGUUUGAGACAUUCCAGGGGGAGAUGGGCUUCUCCAGCAUGAAAGAUGAGAGGCCAGAAGAUGGAGAUGCUGUUACAGAGUCCAGGCCAAAUUUCAACACCCCCCAGGCCCUCAGAUUUGAGGAGCCUCUGGCCAAUCUGCUGAACAAGCAGCACCAGACGGUGAAGGAGCAGCUGGAGCAGCUGAGAAUUAAAAAAUCCUCAAUCAAAGCCCCCCAAGAAAGCGAAAAAUCCAAAAAUCCAAAUGAGAAACCCCAGCUCAGCCUGGUCCUGGACACUGCCCAGAGGAAGAGGCUGCAGCAGCAAAUGCAGCAGCACGUUCAGCUCCUGACUCAAAUCCAUCUCCUGGCAAGUUUCAACCCUGCCCUGAGUUCAGAGGCCAGCACCACCCAGAUGUUUUUGAGCGAGCUGGGCAGCUUUGCCUGCAGCUCCCGCCUGCACCGGGCGCCGCAGAACCCCCGCUUCCAGAGCGUGUUCCAGCCCUGCAACCUGCAGGGGGCGCUGCAGCUCCUGCACGACUUCCACGCGCGGGUGCCCGUGGAGUGCAGCCCCAGGAAGGCGGGCAAGAGCGCAAACGAAUUCUCGUGUUUGCCCAAGCAAGUGGCCUGGAUUUUGGCAACCAGGAAAGUUUUCAUGUACCCGGAGCUGCUGCCCAUCUGUGCCUUGAGGGCAAACCCUCCCCGGGACAAGAUCGUGUUCACCAAGGCAGAGGACAACCUGUUGGCUUUAGGGCUGAAACAUUUCGAAGGGACGGAUUUCCCCAAGCCUCUGAUCAGCAAAUACCUGCUGCCCACCAAAACUGCCCACCAGCUGGCAGUGAGGAUCAAGAACCUGAACAUGAACAGAGCCCCUGACAACAUCAUCAGGCACUACAAGAGGACCAAGCAGCUGCCGGUGCUGCUGCGGUGCUGUGAGGAGCUGCCGCCGCACGAGUGGAAGGCGCCUGUGGAGCGGGAGGAGCAGCGCCUGCCCUUCUGGCUGAAGGCAAGCUUGCCCUCCAUCCAGAGGGAACUGAAGCAGCUGGCAGAAGAUGCCAAGGAGACGCCAGCUUCACCUGCUGGAGAAUCUGCCCUGGUGGGGGCAGAGAAGGAAACUCCAGGCAGGGAAUGUGAUGAAAAAUAUCCUUUGCUGAUGCCCAAGGGGCUCGUGCUCACCCUGAAACCUCUGGGAAACCGCUUCUCCAGGAGGCCCUGGAGGAGGCAGAGAUGUGCAGCUCUGAAACCCGUGCUGAUCCGGCCCAGCCCCUGCCUGCAGCCCAGCUCCAGCCCCCCGGGCCUGCAGAAAAACCAGAAAUCGCCUCAGGCCGAGGCCGCCCCCAGCAGGGUCCGCGGCCGCGUCCCUCGGCCCAUCCAGCCGGCCCCGCCACCCCUGAGGGUCCCGGCAGUGCUGGCGGCUGGGGAUGCCUUGGAAUUCCAGAAUGUUCUGCCCGCUGGGCAGCCGAGCUCCAGGCAAGCCUUCCCAGGCGCUGUGGUGGCCUCGGAGCCGGGGGGUUCCCAGGCCAAGGUGAUGCUGCCGGCCCCGGGCGCCGCGAGGGCGCGCAGGCCGUGCGUGAGGAAGGGCUACCAGAGGAAAAAAGGGCCCAAAUCAUCCCCGGCGAUCAAAGCUCCCCCUGUGCUCCAGCCCUCCCCUGUCAUCCUCACCGUCCCUGCCACCACGGUGAAGGUGCUCAACAUUGGCAACGGCUGCAACGUCAUCCAGCCCCUGAGCACGGCCGUGGGCCGCGCCGCGCAGGCCAUCCCUGUCACCACCCUGCUGGUGAACCCCUCCACCUUCCCCUGCCCCCUCAACCAGCCCCUGGUGACCUCGUCCAUCCCGUCCCUGAUUGUGUCCCCCAGCCCUGUUGGGAGAGAAGGGGAGGAGAAGCUGACCCUGCUCCCUGCUCCAGGAGCUUUCCCUGCGGUGGAGCCCAAGGUGGAGCCCUCAGAGCUCUUUGUCCCUUGCUCCACUUUGUCCCCAAAGAAGGAGUGCGGCGCCAACCCUGCCCGUGGGGACACUCAGGACAAGGGGAAGAGCUGGGCAGUGGCAGAGGGAGAUGGGAACACAUCAGAGCCUUUGCCCGUGGUGGAGCUUUUGCCUCGCUUGGAAAAUCCCGACGCACCGGCGGAAAUCAAGUCUGAAGAUUUAAGUGAUGCUCCCAAAGAAGCCAGCCUGGCCCAAAAGAGGGAAAUUUUAUGUGCUGAAAGGAAGGAGGAGUUCAUGCUGGGCCUUGGCCAGGAGCUGAGCAUGGAGGCCGCCUGCUCCUGUGGGGACGAGCCCGAGAAGGAGCAGAUCCCCUGUGAGGAGAAGGGAGAGGAGCCAGGCCAGGCUGGGCCCUGCCCUGCCCAGGGGGAGCAGCAGGGGGAGCCUGGGGGGGCUGCAGGGCCCCCGGGCACCGGGGACUCCCCGAGGAACCCCCAGUGCCCGGCUGAGAGGGAGGCAGGCUUCAGCAGCCCCCCAGGGGACUCCUCCAGCGUCGAUGGGCUCUCCGUGGGGACACCGGCCGGCCCCGAGGCCGCAGGGGACAGGGAAGGGCAGGAGGAGGAGGAGGAAGAUGAUUUUGAUGAUUUUACGCAAGAUGAGGAUGAGGAAAUGUCAUCAGCCUCGGAGGAGUCGAUUCUGUCGGUGCCGGAGCUGCAGGAAACAAUGGAAAAGCUGACCUGGCUGGCCACAGAGAGACGUCUGAGCCAAGAGGGAGAUUCUGAAGAGGAGAAUUCCCAGGAGGAGAACUCGGAGCCUGAGGAGGAGGAGGAGGAGGAAGGGGAGGGGAUGGAGAGCUCCCACAAGGAGGAUGAAACGUGUGGGGACCCCUCGGAGGAGCCCAAAUCUGCUGCCACCACGGCCAAGGCGGCGUCCCCACAGGUGGAGACCCUCAGGAGGCCAGCAGGAGAGGCCCUGAAGGCCCCGGGGAGGAGCAGGAGCUCCCUGAGGAGCAGGAGCAGGAGGGGCCGAGCUCGGGGCAGCAAGGACACGGCCAAGCUGCUGCUGCUCUACGACGAGGACAUCCUGGACAGGGACCCCCUGAGGGAGCAGAAGGACCUGGCCUUCGCCCAGGCCUACCUCACCAGGGUCCGUGAGACCCUGCAGCACAUCCCAGGGAAAUACGAGGAUUUCCUGCGCGUCAUCUACGAGUUCGAGAUGGGCGCGGACAGGCGGACGGCCGUGGAUCUGUACUGCACCCUGCAGAAGCUGCUGCGCGACUGGCCACAGCUGCUCACGGACUUUGCCGCUUUCCUCCUGCCCGAGCAGGCUCUGGAGUGCGGGCUGUUUGAGGAGCAGCAGGCCUUUGAGAAGAGCAGGAAGUUCCUCAGGCAGCUGGAGAUCUGCUUUGCUGAGAACCCUGCCCACCACCAGAAGAUCAUCAAGGUGCUGCAGAGCUGCGCAGACUGCGUGCCCCAGGAGAUCGCCGAGCUGAAGACCCAGAUGUGGCAGCUGCUGAAGGGCCAUGACCACCUGCAGGAUGAGUUCUCAGUUUUCUUUGACCACCUCCGUCCCUCUGCCAGCCGCAUGGGGGACUUUGAGGAGAUCAACUGGACAGAGGAGAAGGAAUAUGAGUUCGAUGGCUUUGAGGAGGUGUCUCUGCCUGAUGUGGAGGAGGAGGAGGAGCCCCCCAAAAUUCAUGGGGCCAGCAGGAGCAAGAAGAGGAAGGAGAUUGGAGGCCAACAGCACGACAAGGAGGUGGAGUGGGUGGAGGGGCUGAAGGAGUGCUCCUGCCCCUGCUCCUGCCAUGAGGGCAGCAGUGACCCCAAGCUCAAGAAGAGCAAGAGGAGGAGCUGCAGCCACUGUGGCAGCAAGGUGUGUGAAGGCAAAUUUUAUAAAAACAAAGAUUGCCAGGAGCUUCCUGCCAGCCUUGCCCAGAGGGAAUCCAGUCCCCAGCCCGAGGGGAAGGAGCCUGGGAUGCCCAGGGAGGCUGGAGAAGAAACCCUGGAGAGCAGAGAGGAGGCAGAGGAGCCCCAGGGCAGGACAAAGCCCGGCUCCAGGAGGGGGGAGUCGCUGUCCCCAGGAUCCCAGCUGGAAGCAAGGCUGGCCCCCAGCAGGCCUUGUGCAAAGCCUGCCCCUGCUGAUGCCCGGCUUCCAGAAGGUUCCAGGGCAGCUGUGGGCGCUGCCGAGGACAGAGACCCUGCUGCCAGUGACCCCAGAUGGGCACAGCUACCGAAAGCUGCUCUGGAACUACCUCAGGAAACCAAAGGCUGCCCUGGCCCUGGGGCCCUGGAGCAGCCGGGGGGGGACACAGAGGGGCUGGGCAGGGACCUGUGGAGCCCAGGGCCCCAUCCCUGCCCGCCCGAGGGGCUUCACUCUGGGCAUGGGGGCUCUGCCCUCGCUCCCGAGGGUGGCACAGAACUCGAGGGAGCAGGAGGAGCUGAGGCCAAGCAGAGCAGCAGCUCAGGCUGCCCUGGCACACAGCACAGAGCUGCUCCUGAGGCCAGGCCAGGGCCAGGUGCCAGCAGCAGCUCCCCGGGGCAGCAGCAGCAGCGUCAGGAGGAGCCCAGGGCAGGAGCAGCGGCCCCAGGGCACAGGGAGGAGCAGCAGCGAGUGACAGAGGCCACCGUGUGUGCCAAGAACAGCAAAGUCAGCUCCACUGGGGAGAAGGUUGUGCUCUGGACCAGGGAGGCUGACAGGGUCAUCCUCACCACGUGCCAGGAGAAGGGAGCCCACCUGGACACCUUCCACGCCAUCUCCCAGAAACUGGGCAACAAAACUGCCAGCGAGGUGUCGCACAGGUUCAGGGAGCUGAUGAGGCUCUUCCACACCUCCUGUGAUGGCAGCUCUGAGGAUGAGGAGGAUGCCACCAGCACCAGCAACACCGACCAGCUGUCAGACAAAGACCUUCUGCUUUCUGAGGAGGAACCUGAUGACUGAGGUGAUCAAGCUACUGACUGCUCCAGAAAAAGGAUUUAUUUUUGCUGCUAGACAGGUGCUGUGGAAAAAUGUUUGCACAGGUACUUGAGACAGCACCUUAAUUUUUUUUUUUUUUUUUUUGGUUCAAUUUCCAGCCUGUACCAAACCAAAGGCAGGAAUUAAAAUGAGAAAAUUCUUUAGAGCUCACUCCCCUGGGGAGUUUCAGCAGUGGAAUAACAGAACUUGUGGACACUGAUCUGGCCUUGGGGCCUCUGCCCAGGAACUGUAAAUAUUGUACCCUGAAAUGUCACUUUUCACGUGGCUUUUUCUAAGUUCUCCCCUCUUGUGCUGAUUGUUUGUGAAAUAGUUACAGUCUGAAUUUUCUAUUUAUUGUGUGGGUUUAUUUGAGCAGGCAGAGCAAAUCCAAUUUGCGCAGCUGAAAAAAAGAAAAUAAACCCAACCAAAAAGCAACUUUUCUCCUUUGCCACACAGCUGUGAGUAGGUGGAAAGCUCCA